GUCAAGCCGUGGCAUUUUAGUCGAGACACGAACACGCAUCAAACAGGAUCGAGAAGCACGGGACACACACGCGAGCAAACCAUCGCUAAGCGAGAUUACGCAAAAAAAAAGGGCAGUGACGACGACAACGGCGACCGUGUUGUUGAUCGUUAGAAAGGGUCUCAUUGCCAGCGGGCAAUGUAGUGCGCAGAAGGUCGGGUUUUGCAGCAGCGAGGAUCAGCAAAACGACAAUCAUUAGCAUGCGUUCUAGAUAGUGCUUUCGGUGUGCCCCAGUGCUCUAGAUUGCUGUGCGAUGUGAGACACGCCGCGGUGGUAACGGUUAACGGAUAGAUUAAAAACAAAGGAAGGUUACGGUUUGAUUGUUAACGCAGUGAUACUAAGAUCAAGCAUGAUGUCACCGGAGAGCAAUGGAGAGCAGGAGCACGGUACGGUGUUUGCUGUCAGUGCUGCCGUGUCACCGUCGGCCAUCAAAAGGAUGCGUUUUGCCAGUGUCGAUGAGGACGCUAGCCACGGUUCGAGCGUAUCGGAUGUGGCCAAAGCGCUCAACUACACCAGCAGCAGUGCAUGCGCAAAGGAUCCCUCGUACGGUGGUGACGCGUUCGAGGACGACGAGUAUGACGGUGGCACGACACUCGAGUGUACGGCCGGAAGUGAUCGCAGCAGUAGUAGCUGCACGACAGUGAUCUACGGUGCUGGUGCUGGCAAGUGUGCUGAACCGAUCGACAACAAUAAUAGUCCACUGAGUGGUAAUUGUAACAACAAUCGGAACGUUAGUGGCACUAGUGGCAGUGUUGGGUGUGCUGUUGGCGGUGGCAUUGGUGGAAUCCUUCACAACAAUAACAACUCGAUCAAGACUCAGCUGGGCGAGAUGGAUGAGGCUAAGUUUAGUGAGUUUAGCAAGUUUCUAGCUGAUAGCGAGAAGGACGAAAGUAUGACAACGAUUCUGGAGCUAUUGCAUGAUAACUACGGCUUAAUACAACGGUACGCAUCUGGCUACGAGUGCAAACACGAUAAAUGUCACUAUGAAAAUCUGCACGAACAUUUCCACUGUCACGAUACAUUCUGUCGGGGGAAGGUGUUGUAUAAGAAGUACGAAAUCAUCCGCCAUCUCAAGUGGCAUAAGAAGCGGAAAGAGUCGCUUAAAUAUGGUUUCUACCGAUUCUCCUCAUCGGACGAUUGUAGCAUUCAGUACGGAGCGUGCCAGCAUAAUCAUAAGCAUACACACUACCAUUGUGUGCACGAUAACUGUGAUAAGGUGUACAUCAGUACGAGCGAUGUCCAGAUGCAUGCCAACUACCACCGGAAGCAUGAGGCGAUCGUAAAGAAUGGAUUUCAACGCUUUCGUGCGACAGAAGACUGCAAUACGGAUUACUGUAUGUUCCGUGCUCAGCGGACGACACAUUUCCACUGCCGACGGGAGAAUUGCAAGUAUACAUUCAAAAACAAAGCGGAUAUGGAGAAACACAAAACGUACCAUCUAAAGGAUGAAAUGUUGCUGAAGGAUGGUUACAAAAAGUUCCUUAAGACAGAGGACUGCACGUACAAGGAUUGUCGGUUUUCCCGCGUCUGCAAUCACAUUCACUGUAUGCAUGAAAAUUGUCACUACGUGUUACAUUCGAGCGGUCAGCUGUUAAGUCACAAACGGAAGCACGAGCGAAUGGACACGGAAGUGGACUAUAGGCGAUACCAGAUGGCACGGAAUCUGCUUACCAAAUUUAACCAAAAUAAAACGGAAGAGGGCACGAAAACGGUUGGUGAUGCGACGAUGGGUAUUACAGAUCGAUCACCCUCAAGGGAGGAUGAAACGAGGCUAUCUCCAGGACCCACGACCAGCCAGGAAGGAACUAUGAAAAAUCCCUUUCUGGAUCUACUGGCAGUGAUGGCUGAGAUCACGUUCCGGACGUUACCGUUGCAGAUGAUGUACCAGAUGCGGUUACAGAUGUUGCAGCAGAUGAGUUACGAGCAGGUCUUUGCACUGGACAAUGUAGAGAUGCUCCGAAACCUUACCAUGAUGGGAAAUAUCGAAGAGACGUACCUGCAUCAACUGUACGGAGGAAGACUGAUGGGUUCCCCUUCAAUAGAUCCUAGCAACAGUCAGCAACAUAGCCCUGUAAGCUUUGGAAAUGAUAAACCACCGCCAGUGAAACGGAAAUACAAGUCUCAAGAAGCUUCGGAUCAGCUAGAACACUCAGGAGACGCUUCGAUGUACAUGAAAAAGGAGCCACUAAGUAGUACACCGCCCCGCUCGAAACUGCUCUCAAAUCCAACGAUAGACUAUCGUUUGCUUAAGAAAGAAGAUGCUACUCCAUCGCAGACAGCUACGUCAUCGAGUACGAUCGAAUCCCCCGCAGGCGUAGAUCGCGAUCGUGCCCUAUUGGAGACGGCAAACUUCCUGCAGUUUAGCUCGAGUAAAACGUUGUUCAAUCGAAAGCGAGGACGGCCACGGAAGAACCACGUUAUGGAGGUGUACAACAAUGUACAGGACUCCCCGCAAGCCAUAUUUACUAGCUUCAAGCUGGAAAAGAGUGACUCCCGCUCUGCGUCUGCGUCGACGUCUGAAGUACAAUCGCCGAGUGUGCCUUCGCCGAUGGUAGACCCGGAACGGAAUGGGAUGUUGGAAGGUGGUAGGAAUCUUCCACCAUCUGGAGCGAACAUCGUGAAGAAUCAGACACAGCAACAGUAUGUGGCAGGUGGAGCGAAUUACCUGGGAUCAAAUAGUGGAGCAACGCAUCUCAGUGGACUUGACCCGGCGGCAAUCUUUGGCAACUUUUCUCAGCUACUGGAGCGUCAUAUGCGGGAGGUUAAACAUGAACCUUCGAUGCCGCAGACUGUAGAACCAGUUCCAGCUGAAAAGUCGCGAAAUCACCUCAAAUGCGUCGUCUGUCGGAAUCUGUUUGAAACGUUUGCAGACAUUAAGAACCACGAAUGUCGGGGAGAUCGUGCUGCGCUCGAUAAGCCCUUGCUAGCGUUUCCACCAUCGCUUGCACAUCACACCGGACAGGCGGCAUUGGAUUACCGGAGUGCCUCCUACCCUGGACCCGAGCUGGAAGGUUCGUCAGCAUCUCGGAUUGCAGUAGUGCCUUCUCUGCUGCCCAGUAUAGCACCCCAACAGACAAGGGAUUCAGUAUCGUUGGUUAAAACGGCCGGUACCUUCUUUCCGGAUGUGAACGCAAACAAGCUCAAGUAUGCGUAAGGUGUGACGUAUUGUGUGCGCUUGAAACGGGACUGUUAGCUUGAGGCUUAAGGGUUAUUGUUGUAAAUAGAAUGUGAAACUGAGUUAACCAUAGGUUUAGUUGAAGCCAGCACCAUACACUGUGUCAUAAAACGAACAUAUACGUACCGGGGAUCGACGAGAUGAGAAGCUGUGAGUCGUUGUACUGAAAAGACUACACAAUCGGCCAUAGUUGAAACCUGAAGUGCUCUCUACUGAAAAGUGUACUAUCGUUAAGGCAACGUAGUGUAGAUAUUACUUCAACGUGAUGUGACUGCAAGUAGAAAAGACAGGCCAUGUGAGUACUAUUGAGUAUUAGUUAAUGAAGAAUGUGUUUUGUGAAGUUAGAGACAAUAAAUAUUUAAAAUGAUCAAACACGAAAACACUAAGCCUAUUACCGUUGUGUCUUAUUCGUAGCAUGUUUUUUUAUCGGAAUAUAAUGAAAUUAUUAUUAUGGAACAUUCACACUGACGCAUGAUCAUCAUUUUUAUUUAAUAAAGUGUACUACCCCGAAAAAAGCAAGUGCAGCACAUUCUUGGCAUUCCAUUGUACAUUUGUCCGUCCAAAAUCGGGUGGCAUUCUAUCGUUCUUAUCCGUUGGACAAGCUUCUCCAAUUCACCCCAAAAUGAAGGGCGGAAAAAAGCCAAGAGCGCAAAACGUGCACUAAACCGACAUGGCUUAGCGCAUACCGGUGCGAUAGUCAAAUAUUUGCAUUCCAACCCCAACACGGGCGACAGCGCGGUUAUAAUUGGAUGCAGAAGAAAGUGACACCCUUGUAGUGUGCGGUUAGCCAAACAGCUGUAGCUUACAGUGUGGAAUGAUAAGAGGUGGAAUGGAGUGUGAGGAUGAAGGGAGAGAAGGUAGGAUUGUCGUGGCCAUUUAUUGACACGUGAGCGGAUUGAAAAGUUCCUCAAAUUAAAGUACAAAAAAACAA